AUGUUGAGACUGUCGGUUAUCAGCUGCGCCGUGGCCGUUGCGAAUGCAAAAUGGUUCAACGGCCGGGAUGAACCACCAAGCUGGCAGCCGGCAGAGGAAACACAGGUGUCGCCAGAUCUCGCGACGAAUGGGUGGACGCCGAAACCGACACCAGCUCCCGGCGCUCGCUUCCUAGAGAGGGAGUUGGCUAAAAGAGCCAGUACUAAUACUUGCGGUUACUAUGCUGGGUAUUCAUCUUCUGCCGCUGUUAUAUGCCAGAACGCGGCCCAAUGUAUUGUUAAUGACAGUGACAUGGCAAUGGGUUGUUGCAGAUCGUCAGACAUUCAAGACUGCCAGAUAGCGACUGUCUGUAUCGAGUCCGCUUCAGCUUCACGUUACACUGGUCUGGACAGUUACGCCAUUUUCUGCACUUCGUCCGAAUAUCCCAGCUGUGUCACUUACUCUUACGACAACUUCGAUCCGCUAUACGCUGGAUAUAGUGCCCUGGGUUGCGGUGCGGAAUCGGGCGUUUAUUCUGUCGAAUACUACCCGCCUGCAUUAGGAAGUGCAGUGAGCGGCUCCAGUCGACGCACAUCAAAGACAUCGACUCGGACUUCUGCCUCUGUUCAAACCACAGGAGGAUCAUUAACUUCAAAGGGCAACGCGGGGGCGACUGGUAAAUCAUCAACCACCACAGGGUCUGCGACUGGUGCGGGCCAGACCACGUCGCCUACUGCGGAGCCAGCAGCUCAGCCCUCGGGUCCCAACACUGGGGCUAUCGUCGGAGGCGUUGUUGGUGGCCUUGCUGGUCUUGCGUUGAUCGUGACGGGCAUCUUCCUCCUUGUGCGUCAUUCGCAGAAGAACAAGGACGGCGGUGCGCCGCCACCGGGCCCUCCCGCGCAGACUACGAGCUACUACGCUCCGGGCCCUGGUCCGGAUCAGUCAGUAUAUGGCCAGCCACCACCUAUGGACCAGACUCAACAUUACGCAGCUUAUGCUCCAGCCGGGUUUGCCGCUGUAGAUAAUCGAUCAAGCAUGGCGCCAUCCACAUACUUUGCCCAGUCGCCAAAACCAUCGCAAUACGACAAUAGCAUCAGUGUCAGCCCGACAGGCAGUCCACCACCACAGAGUGUCGACAAUGCCUACCAAGGCGCAAUGGCGGGAUACACACCACCUCCUGGAGGCCAGCAGCAGCCUCAGUAUCAGGCCUACACUCCUCCCCCGGCCCAGCAGUACCAAGCUUACAACCCUCACACCGCCCAUGCCCAUGCCCAUGAGUUGCCGACAUCUCGGCCGGACGAGGAGUUACGCGAGCUUGCGUAA